AGUGCAUGCUUGUUUGUUAGAUACAUACAUGAAACAUCUUAGUGUCAAAGUUAACGAACUCUGUCUUUAUCUGAGGUCAUAUAUACUCUUCUCACUGUAUAGGGUGACUCCUUUACACGACAGGACACACGCAUUAUCGCAAUGAACGAACGGACAUAAGUCAAGCGCAAUAUGUCACAUGCUUCAUGGCUGGUGUCGAUGAGAGUAAUGAAGCGAAUCGUUUGACCCUAGGCCGGCUAUAUUUACAUCGUCCACGUUUUGUAGAGGACAGAGAAUGGAUAACGGCACAGAGUCCGAGACUUCUAACUCGGCGAUGGACUACGAUAUCCUCAGUCCCCGGUGCUGUGCAAGACCACCAAUGCCGUGGUUUGGAAUGGACAUAGGAGGCACGUUAACGAAACUGAUUUAUUUUGAACCAAAAGACAGAACAGCACAAGAAGCUGAAGAUGAAAAAGAAACAAUAAAAGUCAUCCAUAGUUAUCUUAUUGGAAAUGUUGCCUACGGAAAAACAGGGAUUAGGGAUGUGCAUUUAGAAAUGUGCAAUCAGACAAUUGGAGGGAGGACGGGAAGUCUACACUUUAUACGAUUUCCAACUUGUGAAAUGUCUGCUUUUAUUGACCUGGCUAAGGCCAAAAACUUCUCUAGUCUAGCUACAGGAAUAUGUGCGACAGGAGGAGGAGCCUACAAGUUUGAGGAAGAGUUUAAACAGCGUGUCAACCUAAGUAUGUACAAAUUUGACGAGUUAGAUUGCCUAAUCAAGGGAAUACACUAUAUCGACCGACAUAACCUGAGUGAGUGCUACUACUGGCGGAAUCCAGGCGACCCUGAUUUGUGUGAAAAAGUUCCGUUUGACUUCCACGAUCCCUAUCCCUAUCUAGUGGUCAACGUGGGGUCAGGGGUCAGUAUACUGGCUGUCCGUGCUUAUAAUGACUACAAGCGAGUCAGCGGUACAAGUCUCGGAGGUGGGACAUUCUUUGGUCUCUGCUGUCUUCUCACUAACUGUGAAACGUUUGAGGAAGCAGUAGCGUUAGCGUCGAAGGGAGAUAGCACCAAGGUGGACAAGCGAGUCAAGGAUAUAUAUGGCGGAGACUAUGAUAGGUUUCAUUUGUCUGGCGAUAUAGUCGCUAGCAGCUUUGGCCAAAUGCACAUUAAGGAAAAGAGGGAACAAUCGACAAGGGAAGAUUUAGCCAGAGCGACACUGACAACGAUCACAAACAAUAUCGGCUCUAUAGCUAGGAUGUGUGCUGUAACGGAGAAAAUUGAGCGUGUGGUGUUUGUUGGGAACUUUUUACGGGUAAAUACGAUUUCCAUGAAAUUACUUGCCUAUGCCAUGGAAUUUUGGUCAGACGGGGCAAUGAAGGCGCUAUUCCUGGAGCAUGAGGGUUAUUUUGGUGCUAUGGGUUGUAUGAUGGAGUACGUCGCCACAAAGUCUAGAGAAUCCUUUCCGUAUCAACAUCCCGAUACCAAGACUACUGACCACAAUGGACAUCAGCCUGGCUGUACGGAAGCUGACCGACACACAACUGGACAUGUGGACCAGGAACAUACACACACCAAUGGGUUAGGAUGACCACUGACCAUUGGUGUUGGAUACAUACCAAUGGAUUAGGAUGACCACUGACCAUUGGUGUUGGAUACACACCAAUGGAUUAGGAUGACCACACUGACCAUUGGUGUUAAGUUGGACACACACCAAUGGAUCAGGAUAUGACCGUUGGUGUUGUAGUCAUACUGUAGAUAUUCCAAUUAAACUGCUGUGAUAGAAACUUGCUGAAAGUUGUAUAGCUAGAUUAUGUGAUACAUUGUACUCCCUAAACUCUCAAAAAUUAGCAAGAAACUUUUAUACGAACGAAAACCAGUUUUAAUAUUUUAUGAAUACAUGUAAGAUGCUGUUGAAAAUAAGCUGCUUUGAAAACAAACUAUUUUUCUGACAGCUCAUGCCUAUAUAUGGUGCACUGCCCAUCAUACAUGUAUGGCAAUUUACCCUGUAAAGACUACUUAUCCAAAAUGGCUCAUGAAAUUUUCACUAAAUUUUGUAUUUUACACCCCUGAGCCAACAGAUUUUAACAAUGAAGUUAAGAUUUCUCCCUUUACCAACCAGUCAUAAAUACACAAAUAAUGGCCGAGAUUAAGGUCCCUUUACAAGAGAUGCACAAAUAAUGGCUCUUGUCUUUUUGGCCCAAUCUCCUGCUGUCACAAUACUUGUGUAUACCACUGAUGCCAAUCUUCCAGGCUUUCUUUUCCAAGCUACAUAGUACAGUGAAACCUGAUUUUACUGACCACUGACUUUGACGACAACCUGCAUCAUCCGAGCAUAUUCAUCAAUAUGGCAACAUGCUCCACUGUGAUAUCGGACACAAUGACUCGGUCCCAAAGUGUGUCCCUAGAAUCAGGUUUCACUGUAUUCGACACACUGACUCUGUUCCACAGUGUGUCGGUAAAAUCAGGUUUCACUGUAUUCGACACACUGACUCUGUUCCACAGUGUGUCGGUAAAAUCAGGUUUCACUGUAUUCGACACACUGACUCUGUUCCACAGUGUGUCGGUAAAAUCAGGUUUCACUAUCUUAUCCGACACAUUGACUCGGUCCCACAGUGUGUCGGUAAAGUCAGGUUUCACUGCACAUUGAUGGAGGGGCUGCAUCACUCUAGAAGUUGCUUUGGAACCACUACGCCACAACUUUUGUGUAUACUGUUGUGGUGACACUUUGAUUGGAUUAAAUUGCAUUGGACAAGAUAAUGCUGGCUUCUGACAAAAAAAAACAAGAAGUAUUGCUAAUGUGAGGUUUUAAUGUGUAUGAUAAUAGUUUAUGUCCAUUAUGAUAGCUGUGAUGUCAUCAUGUAUAGCUAUAUACAAGUAGCUGUGAUGUCAUUACGUGUAUAUAUAUAGCUGUGAUGUCAUUUGUAUAUAGC